AUGCCUAAAACACGAUCUAGUACAAAGACUGAUGCUAAUAAUAAUCAACAAUCAAUUCUACAUGAAGAUCUAUCAGUUCCAGCUCUACCCAUUCGAAAUGUGGAAGAAAUUCGUGCAAAAAAUUUAGAAUCAAACCGAAUAUUUUUAGAAAGUUUAUUACUAACAAAGUUGCGCGAUGAUUUUAAAGACAUUUCCAAUUCAUUACAACCCAAAAAAGAGCCGAAAAAACGUCAAUAUUUAAUGGUCACAGAACAACAACCUGUUCGGCGUUCAAAACGUUUACUUCAUAUGGAUCCGGCUGGAAAUAAAUUACCAUCUCCGGAAGUUUCAGAGAAUGAAGAUGAAAAUAAUGGCUCAGGAUUGGUGCAAUCGUAUGAAAUGGUUCCAACCACCAUUCGUCGUAAAUCUUAUAAACGAAUCGAGCCGUUAACCGAAGAACAACAAGAAGUGGUUAAUAACAGAAUAAAAACAAUAUUUUCAACAAUUGAAAACCAUCAAGAUUCAACAAAAAUACUGUAUGAUUAUUCAGAUAUGGAAUUAUUAGAAGAAAAUGUUUUAAAACUCACGCCGGAUCGUCUAAUACAAAUGGAUAUCCAUCCAUCCUCGAAUUUAACAGCAAUUAUCGGUUGUGAUAGAAAAGGAGCGACUGGACUUCUUGUUAAAUCGGUUAAUGAUGAACUAUGGUCAAAAGUGAAUUAUAUUUUUCACAAAGCUUAUGCAACGUGUAUACGUUUUGACCGUUUAAAUCCAAAUUUAUUUUAUUCAUCUUCUUACGAUGGUACUUUUCGUUUAUAUGAUAUAUCUACGAAUACAUCAGACGAGGUUUAUCGUGUCCCGGAUGGCAACGGUAUUACAUGUUUUGAUUAUGUGUCAGAUAAUACGUUUUUGGCUACAAUGGAAAAUGGAGAUGCGAUCAUGAUGGACUUUAGAUCAAGUCCAAUUGUUGUUCAUCGAUAUGAUUUAUCAAAAACACGUUUACGUACUAUUCAUGUUAAUCCUUGUCAACCUAAUGAAUUUUGUGUGGCUGGUAGAGAAAGCGCUGUUCGUAUAUUUGAUGUUCGACAAUUAGUUGAAGAUACACGAUCAUCAUUUAUCUAUUGUUUAUCGACCAAUCGUGCCUGUUAUGGAGCUUAUUAUAAUCAUUUAGGAACAUAUAUUAUGGCAACAACAACUGAUGAUCAUUUGGCUUCAUUCAAAUAUUCCGAUUUCUCAUCUGCUGCUUCGACAGCCGACAUUGAUCCUACUCAUCGCGUUUCACAUCAAAAUUAUGUCAAUCGUUUUGUGACACCAUUUUGUGCCAUGCCACAUCCAAUCCAUGCUGAUCAAUUCUUGAUUGGAUCAAGUAGAAGAGAACGUCAAAUUCACGUUGUCGGCGUUGAUUGUAAAGUUUCAUCAUCAUUAGAAAGUGUCAAUUUAAAUUCAUUAUGCUCCGUGAAUAUUGCACAUCGAACACAGCCAAUUGUAGUUGGAGGCAAUUCAAGUGGAAGAAUUCAUGUAUUUACAAAACGAUAA